CGUACGUUCUCCAUCGAGGCUACUGUCAACAUGAUUAAAAACCUCGUGGACUGCGACGAAUUCCAAGAUAUUGCCACCCUUAGGGUACGCAAUAUGGAAGACUUGCUAGAACAUAAUUCUGAUUUGUCAGCUAAACUCAUGCAAAUAGGCGACUCUAUUGUGUACAAAUUAGUACAAUGGACCAAACGUCUACCGUUUUAUUUAGAACUUCCUGUUGAAGUACACACCAGACUAUUGACUCAUAAAUGGCACGAGUUACUGGUGUUAACCACAUCUGCGUAUCAGGCCAUUCACGGGCCACAAAAGAUAUGGAGUUCUGGUAAUAUUAACGGUGGUGACCGAAACGACGACACUGAGUUCAACCAGGAAGUAUCACAUAACCUGCACAUUUUGCAGACCUGUCUGUCGUCAAUGAUGGGCAAACCUAUCACGAUGGACCAGUUGCGACAAGACGUGGGCGUCAUGGUAGAGAAAAUCACUCACGUCACAUUGAUGUUCAGGCGAUUAAAAUUAAGAAUGGAGGAAUAUGUUUGCCUGAAAGUCAUUAUCAUGUUGACACAGAAUAAUGGAAGUACCGCUAGUGAGUUAGAAACAAUUCAAGAGAGGUACACGUCGUGUUUGAAGACUUACGUCGAACACACCUUCCCAAUGCAACCAAACAGGUUGCAAGAUCUCCUAAAUCGACUACCAGAGGUAAGCGAAAAUCUUUCUCUAAAUUAUAGGUUCAAUUAAUA